UUAGCUCUCUGCUUUAACCAUGUCCAAUAGCUAAUAUAUUGAUCACCUACUACAGCUACAUAGCAAGCACCAAGGCCACCGCUUUUCCUCUUUAUUUUCUUCUUCUUCUUCUUCUUCUUCCUUAUCAGAAGCUUGAAUAUUAUACCCGGAAUAGUGGGUUUUUAUUUCAGAAUUGACACAAGAGAAAGAUGAAGCAAAAGAUCGUUAUAAAGGUGGAUAUGCACUGUAACGAUUGCAGGUCUAAGGCCAUGAAGAUCGCUGCAUCCACUCAAGGUGUGACCUCGGUUGCUCUGGAAGGAGAUUUCAAGGAUAAGUUAGUGGUAAUGGGGGAAGAAGUGGAUUCAACCUGCUUGACGAGAUUGUUGAGGAAGAAGGUCGGCCACGCCGUCAUAGUCACCAUAGAGGUGAAGAAAGAAGAACCUAAGAAGGAAGAGAAGAAAGAGAAGAAGGAAGAGAAGAAAGAAGAGAAGAAAGAAGAAAAGAAGGAAGAGAAGAAGGAAGAGAAGGAGUGCCCACCGCAUCCUUACUGUUAUUAUCCACUGCAACCGUGCUGUUAUUAUCCAUAUGCACCGGCGCCACCGUGUACACCAUGUGGAACGUAUAAAGUGGUUUGCGAUGAGUCCCAAGAAAACUGCUGUAUAAUGUAAGAUCCUCAGACUGGUUAUUGCGUUGAGUUCUAAUUGUCGAUCAUGGUCGCCGGAAUGGUAGUGGGGGUACUGGUGUUUGAGUUGGCGUUUGUUUUCUUGUCAACUGUGUUGUAGGUUAUAACAUUGUGCUCAUACUGGCAUUUGUUUAGUUUAUAUAUGAAACAAAUAAUUAAUUAAUUGUUCCAACUGGUGUGACAGACAAUUUAAUAUA